AUGGAGGAAAUUAAAGAUUCAUAUGCUGUAGAAAGAAUAUCUGAGCAGCUUUUGCAAAAACUAGCAACUCAAAACCUAAAUGAUGUUGAAGGUUACUGGAUUCUUUGGUUAUUGUUUCACCAGAUUUUUGAACUCCAAACAUCCAUCAGGUCCAUGUUUACAGAGAGAUUUUUACUCUGGAAAGUGUUCCCUGUUUGUUGUUUAAGAUGGAUCCUUCAGUUUUCUGUUCUUCAAUCCCCUCCUGAUACCACAGUCAAGGGCAAAACUGGAAAUCAUCACAAUCUAUUGGAUGCCACUCAGCGUGUUCUUGCAGUAUGGUCAAAAUGA